AUGCCCUUUUGGGCGAUUGCGAGGGGUGUGGCAUUUGAUGGAAACGCGGAACAGGGGGAGCUUGCCGCGCUGAUCGCCCACGCUGGGUCCCGUCCCUUCGCCCGUCCAAUGGACAAGGAAGCCAUGGCCGCGCUGCGAAAAGAGCUGAUAGGCAGCAAAACACAGCAUAACAUAACACUGCAACUGCCAACAGGGAAACUGGAAGCGGGUUCGAUCCGAGCUGAGGUGGCAGAUUCUACAAGUCUCAACAGUCCCGAUCCAAUGGCUGAAGUGCGAAUGAGUCGCGUGGUACUUCAAACUACACCGGAGGUACCUGAGCCUCUAUUACGGUCAAUUCCACUGUCGGAUGGGCUCAAGCCAACCAAAGUGCAUCGUUGUAUCCUGUUACGACAUUGUGACGAAGUCUGCUCACGCUGGGAUGGCACAAUCCUUCUCUGCAUGAUAAAGUGGUCGAAGCAUGAUUCUGAGCAUAUUGGCCCGUACGAGACAUCAAAUGGCGAUUGA